CACACACACACACACACACACACACAACACAGACACGAUGAAGGUCAAGGUGUUGAGGCGCGACGAAGAUCAAGUCGUGCGACAGAGCAAGCACGACUUGCCGCGCAUGCAGCGCAACACAGCCCCAGAGCUGCACCCUUUCGAAGCUGCUCGCGAGUACAAGCGCGCCCUGAACUCCGUCAAACUGGAGCGUGUGUUCGCCAAACCUUUCAUCUGCUCUCUCGAUGGCCACCGCGAUGGCGUGUACUGUAUGGCAUCACAUCCCAAGAAGCUCAGCCAGAUGCUGUCGGGCUCGGCGGACGGUGAAGUGCGCCUGUGGGAUCUCUCGUCGCGCACGUGCCUCUUCAACCGUGAACUGCACAAAGGGUUUGUGCACGGCGUGUGCUUCACACCAUUGGGCGAGCACUUUCUCUCCGUCGGUCAGGACAAGACUAUCAAGAUCUGCACUCUGGGGGAGGAGGUUGAGCAGACAACACUCUUGGGCAAGUCGUUUUUCAAGGACAUUUCAUAUCACAGAUCAAAGGAUGUGUUUGUGACGGGCGGCCCUGAGGUUGAGCUGUGGAGUCCCCAUCGUGCCGACCCGAUACAGACCCUCACAUGGGGACACGACACCACAAAUUGCACCGUCUUCAACAUGGUCGAGACAAACAUCUUCGCGUCGACGGCUGACGACCGCUCCAUCACCCUCUUUGAUAUUCGCGCAUCAAAACCCAUCAGGAAGAUCAAGCUUGAGAUGCGGUCGAACAGGCUGUGCUGGAAUCCGCAGGAGGCGUUCAACUUCACCGUGGCCAACGAGGACCACAACUGCUACACGUUUGACAUGCGCAAGAUGAAGCGCGCGCUGAUGGCGCACCAGGACCACGUGUCUGCUGUAAUGGACAUCUCUUAUUCGCCGACGGGGCGCGAGUUUGCCACGGCCUCGUACGACUGCUCUCUCCGCAUCUUCGACCACCGCAGCGGCCACUCCAGGGAGGUGUAUCACACGAAGCGCAUGCAGCGCGUGUUCUGCGUCAAGUGGGCGAACGACAACAAGUACAUCACAUCGGGCAGCGAUGAGACGAACAUUCGCGUGUGGAAGGCAACGGCCUGGGAGAAGAUUGGAACCCAGAGCGCACGACAACGCGCAGCCAGCCGGUAUGGGGAGAAGUUGAAGGAGCGGUUCAAGCAUCAUCCCGAGAUUCGUCGCAUUUCGCGCCACCGCCACGUCCCAAAGGCGAUUUACAACGCCCGCAGACAGAAACACGAGAUGAUCCAGGCGCAGCGCCGCCGCGAGCAAAACUUGGCGCACACACGCUGCGAUGAUGAGCAAGAACGCACCGCAGGGCAAGGCCGGGAAGAAGAAGAAGGAGAAGAAGGGGAAGAAGGAACGUGGUCUCAUCCGAUCUGCCCGCGAGGUCGAAUCCAUCGAGGAGUGACGAUGCGCACUGGCGUCGCGUUGCAUAUUCCCAGGCACACACACACACACAUGCACACCAUCACACAGGCACACACACACACACACAUACUUGCACAUGCUUCCUUUGCUUGCAUCUUCUCUUGUUGUUCGUUGUUUAGUGGUUAUGUACACAUAUGAAUGAACGGCGCUG